AUCGUUGUUGCUGUUCUGUCCCCAAGUUCAGACUGGGAAGAGGCGGUGCCUAGAGGUAGUGAUGUUCAUGGAAGAAAGACACCUCUACAAACCUGGCAAGAGUCAGCAACUGAAGAGUAGGAUAAAGGAAGUCACCACUCAAGUAAAAAGGCACCUCUCUUCCCGACGUCGAGCAACGACCGGCAAUUUCUUCUCAGAAUCAUUCUGAAAGCAGCAUCACUUCCUCUCCACUACUGUACAGCCAGGACAUCAUCAUUCGCUAAACGCAUCUUCAGGAAUACCAUUAACUCUAGAACCAACCGCCAAUAUGUGCUACGAAGAAGAAGUCGUCCGCAAAGUCAUCACCACCUCUAGCGAAGUCAUCACCACCUCUGGCAAAGACAGCUUCACGGCAUCGACCAGUAUCACCACGGUAGUCAAGACGGAUUGCGGCUCCAAAAGUUGUCCCCAGUCGGCGUCUUACGAGCCACCACUUGCCUCCAACAGCUCGUCCACCAGCUCGGAUACCACCAACAAGUAGGAUGAAUAUAAAGGGUCGUCCGAGCCCGAGCCCGAGCCCAAGCCAUCGACGUUUGAGAGUGCUUGGGACGAGUACAAUCUGGACGCGAAUCGAAAGCAACGCGAGAGUGAUUCAAAUUAUGAGAUUGAUCAUGGCGAUGCGGAUGCGGAAACUCUUCCGGGCACCAAGCGCCCCGCAUCCUCAGAGUUCAUGAGUCAGGAGGGAUCGAAAAAGAGAAGAAAGGAAGAGUAGGUAGGUAUCAGAAGCGAGGUUAAUGGGGAAGUAGGCGGGCGACUGUUGAGCUGAUAGGUACCUGUAUAGAGACAAGGUUGGGGAUGAUGGAGGUGCUGGUUUGAAGCAUGAGGAUACUUAUGGGAGGUAAUUAAGGCCUAUUUGAAGCGAGGAUUUUUGGGGAUUGGACACGAUAGACUUGAAGGGACUGAAGGAGUGAAACAGUUCUUGGUUUGAUCAGCGCAACUGAUGUGGAGGUAUAAGCCGAGAAAGGACUACAGCAGUUCUUGAAGAUAUCGUUGACAGGAAGUUUUUUCAGCCAAAGCAUUUGCCAGGCCGUUCCAGUCAACUAUCUUCCUGCCGCUCGUUCCACGUCCUUGUCUGUGGUUUACACGUGUUGGAUGUUAGGAUUGACAAGACGCCGAAAUUGAUGUGUCUCCCGCUAUGUCAGAGACGGGUUGUUGGCACCGAU